CGGCACGCGGCUCUAAGCGGCACGAGGUGAUGGUCGGUCUUCCACUUCCAGUCUAUGGCCAGUUUCUUUCCCGUGGUAAUCGUAGUGGGACAUCUAGUCACGUUGUCUCCUCCGUCUAUAAAACGUGCUUCCGUUUUUACGCUUUCGCGCCAGCUAGCCAAACUGUCACUAUCCGCGAUCCGCGACCCGCCGCGAUCCACGCUUCCUUCAGUUCCACAACUAACUUUUUCUCGAGGAUCCCCCAAAAAACAAACCCAUAGGUUUACGAAUGCCAAAUGUAGAUGACUACCAUACUCAAUCCGAAUUUUAAAUAAGCAUUUAGGGCCAUGGGACUCAACGGCCACAUAGACGGGGUGGAUUGAGAUCGUGCAAUCAUGCAUAACGUACAAGCUCUUCGGACGACAAACCCACAUCUGCUUUUCUAUAUGCUGUUGAUAUUUCAGUUUUACGAUGUGGUCCCGGCAUUCGAACCCGACUUCCUGUACCCUCUGGAGAAUUUGACAGUGGCUCAGGGCCGUGACGCAACCUUUACAUGUGUUGUCAACAAUCUUGGGGGAUAUAGGGUGAGUGGGGAUCUCACCACUGCAAGGGUCGCUUGGAUAAAGGCUGAUACCAAGGCAAUAUUAGCUAUACACGAGCACGUUAUUACCAACAACGCACGAUUAUCUGUUACACACAACGACUUCAACACAUGGACGUUGAACAUACGGGGUGUUAAGAGAGAAGACCGGGGACUGUAUAUGUGUCAAGUUAAUACCGAUCCAAUGAAAAUGCAGACUGCAUUCUUGGAAGUGGUAAUCCCGCCAGACAUCGUCUCCGAAGAAACGUCAGGUGACAUGAUGGUACCAGAGGGCGGUUCCGCCAAAUUGAUAUGUAAAGCCCGGGGACAACCCAAACCACGAGUGGUGUGGCGAAGAGAAGACGGUGGCGCUAUCGUCGCGCGUACAGGACCUAACAAUAAAAUAGAAAGAGUAACGUCGGUGGAAGGUGAAACGUUGACACUCACCAAAGUCACCAGAUCCGAAAUGGGGGCGUAUUUAUGUAUAGCUGCCAACGGUGUGCCGCCUUCAGUCAGCAAGAGGAUGAUGCUUCAUGUACAUUUUCAUCCGCUGAUUCAAGUUCGAAAUCAGUUAGUGGGAACCCCUAUAAACACGGACGUCACCCUACAGUGUCACGUCGAGGCGUCCCCAAAAGCAAUCAACUACUGGACCAGAGAGAGUGGGGAGAUGAUAAUAACGAACGAUAAAUAUCAUAUGACAGAAAUCUCCAAUUCAUACUACAGUGUUCAGAUGAAACUAGUUAUAAGAAGAUUCCACAAGUCUGAUCUUGGGGGAUAUAAAUGUAUAUCAAAAAAUUCCAUAGGAGAUGCCGAAGGCAAUAUUAGACUUUAUGAAGUAGAAAUACCAGAACGUGAAGUAGCAGGAGAGACUGAACAAAAUUCAGAAGAAAACAGCGAAUUAGAAGAACGUCUAUACAACGGCUUCCAAGGCCCAUUCAAUGAAAACGAACAAAAUAUCUUGCCCUUGAAUGUCAGUUCAACGUGUACUCUAUCAAAAUUCCACAGGUUAUACCCUGCACUACUGAUAUUGCUUCAAUUGUACUAAAAAGGGCAAUUGCGAGGACACAGUUUAUAAUUAUGUGAUAUGUGCCAAAUUUACAUGUGCUUCGCUACUACCUAUAUCGCUGUGUGUUACGUACCUAUUUUAAAGAGUUUAGUGAUUUUAAAAUGAAUAAACCAAAACUCGGGUAAAUCCUAGGUAUAUUCCAAAUAUAUGCUAUAUUGGUGGGUACAGUGAGACUAAUUCCCAUUAAUAUAUUUUUACGUAAUUAUAAGUAUGAUUUUCAUUUCACUAUUUUUUUUUAUUAAAUUACAUUCCUAUAUUUUUAAUAUAGUUAGGAUUGUGCUUAUUUCUGGAGCCAUUUAAAAUUACUAGUUCUUUCUUUUUUAAAUUAAUUUAAAAAAUACCCAGGGUGUCCCAGUCAAAAUUGUUACCUCUUAAUCUGCAACUCAUCCACUAGAAUAAUUAAUUAUAAAACUUGUCAAGAUGCUCUAGAGUUGGUUAUGGGGCUCCUUAAAAUACUUUUCCAAAUCAACAGAGAAACAACGGUUUUGUCCGUCCAAUGCUAAAAAAAGAACGAAUACGUACAUCGAACGAAACUGAGGUUAGAUUUUGUAACUCGUAUUUGAACAACACAACUUAAAUUUUUACGCAUCUGUAUGUAAGAGUUAUAAGGAAGUAAUUAAAUAGUAAAGGGGCGAUGAAAGGCUUGCGGUUGUAGGUCGCCACUCUAGGACAACUUUUAUUUAUUCUGAAUUUCUUGACCUACGACCGCGCGCUUUUAAUCGCAUCUUACUCAUACAGUAUUCACAUUAAAAAUACACUAUCUGGGGAACGUAGACUAAAUUUCUAAUUGUUAGGAAUCAUUUUUUCUAAUCGUUUUUUAAGAGAAUUUAUAAGUGACAAAAUAGGGGUAAUUUUGGUGAAAUUACAAACACCAGCCGAUUUUGAGCGCUCAUCUUCCCCUAAGUGUCAAGUUAUUGACUCGAACAAAAAACUAUUGUAAAGUGUAUUUAAUCGGGUAUAAUACGGUUUUAAAAAAAAUUCAAUACGACUAUCCGUUCCAUCCAUAGAGCUCGAGAAAUAUCAUAAAGUCGUGGCAUUUAACACCACAUGCCUCUCUUCGUUGCGCUCUAGAGGGUAAACUAUAAAUACUAGGUUAG